GUCGCACCCGCCCAGCCUCCUUCCCCCCAGAACCCCAGAACUUCGAGUAACCUCUCAAUUCUCCUCUCAAUCAAUCCAUCUGCGCGGCUCCCCGUGUCUGGCCCUCAGCCGCGUUUUCCCAUCUCCGUCUUAUUUUUCUUCUUCGUGACUUCACACAGUUCUUCAGUUGUUUUUCAUCUGUGCCUAUAUCUCGCGACCGAGGGCUCGCUGUGUGGACAGGUUGCACACCUUCGUUGCACCGUUGCAGCUCGCGCGCGCAAAGAUUUCUCUCUCAAUCCCUUGCGACCGGCCACAACGGCAAGCCUUCCCAACAAGCCAUUUCCUCGGAGUUCACUGGGCCAUAGUCCACAAUGGCUCCCAGCAGGCAAUUGCCCGCUCGAUACAACCCUCUAAUAAUGGAGGAUGUCCCGGCCUAUAGCGAGCUUGUCGCACGCCGUCGCCUGGGCCAGACUCAGCUCACUCCGCGCAUGGUUGCCGGUAUCCCGGAUGUCGAGCUUGAUCCAACCUGCCUAGGAGUCUUCGAUUAUGCCCACCUCCGAGCUCCCCUCCCCAAGGGGAUUGUCUCGGGUGUCUUCAAGGCUCCUACCCCCACCAGCUAUUUCCUGAUGCGCCGCAGCAGCGAUGGGUUCGUCUCCGCCACGGGCAUGUUCAAGGCCACAUUCCCGUGGGCGACUUCCGAGGAGGAGGAGGAAGAGCGCAAGUUUAUCAAGUCUCUGCCGACUACGAGUCCGGAAGAGACGGCUGGCAAUGUCUGGAUCUCUCCCGAGCAGGCUUUGGGUCUGGCCGAGGAGUAUGAUAUUACUCCGUGGAUCCGCGCUCUCCUUGAUCCCGCAGACAUCACCGUUACUGGGGUGUCCGACGGUAGCCCCCCGAAGAAGAUUUCCACUCCGCCCAAGUUCUUCUCUGGCCGACCCCUAAUUGCGCCGCCCACACCGACAUCACUGUCCCGAUCCGUGCGCUCCCGUCGCUCUGCUAGUCCCACGAAGUCAACGGGGUCCAAACGUGGAACGACCAGCCCUCGAAAGAGGAGUGCUAAAAUCUCCGCGUCGCAGUCAUCCUCGACCACCGAGGCGCCUGUCUCGGCAAGCUUGACCAACGGCGAUCAGCCGUAUCUUGCCGCAGCCACCGUCCAGACAGCAUCCGAGCCAAGCGCCGAGACCACUGUGGGCGACAUCAAGGUCGAGGCGAUCGAGAAGGAGCCGGCGGUUGUGCUCGCGCCGGUCGAGGAGGAACCGAAGUUGAAGGUCGACGUGGAGCGGGAUGUCAAGGUUGAUGAGGAUGGAGAGGAAGUCACUCAGACCAAGGUCGAGGUGGAGGUGCCUCUCACCGGAGAACUUCCCUCCGCCGAGGAUGCGGCUCGUAUGAUUGCCGAAGCCAAGGAGAUGGUCAAGGCGGCUACCGAAAGCAUGGCGGAGUCAGCCAUCGCCGCGCCUACAGAAAGUACCAAAAAGAACAAGCGCAAGGCAGAUGAGGUUGAGGCCGAUGAGGAAGCCGAGAAGGAGAGCGCCGAUGGGCUGUCUACCGAGCAACCGAAGGCGAAGAAGGUCAAGACAGAAACCGACCUGAGGAAGGAGCGGAUUAAGAAGAGAGCAUUCAUCGGCAUUGGCGCGACAGUCGCUGUUGGUGCCUUGAUCCCGUACGUUAUGAGCGUACUUUAAAAGGACCAGCCGUGAUAGGAGAUAUGAAGUGAUGGCCGGUGUAGAGCUACCUCAUGGCGAAGUCUCUAGUUGGAACUUCUACGUCGGGAUAUGGUCCCAUUUAGUUUGCUUUAUCAUACCCCCUUUUAUCAUACCCCCCUGUGGCUUGGCUGGCCGGCUCGUCCUCGAGGGGAGCGGGAGGAGAUGGUUGAGCCAGGCUACUACUUUUGCACUUUUAAGAAUCGGGUUUGCACCUGAACCGGGACGAGUCGGGCUCGGACCAAUGUCUUGAAGUUCAUCCAACGUUUUCGAGGGCCAAGGCGUCACCUAGAUGAUGAGUCGGCUUUUCGACAGACGAGAUAUGUGUUUUUAAUGGACGAAUAACAAUAUAUACCUACCCGCUUGUAAUCUCCAAACUGCCUACCCAGACUGGAACAAACUAUUUGCAAAGCAUUCCCG